AUGGCCAGUCUGAGUAACUGGGAAGGAAGCACCUUAGCCAGGGAGGAGACCAAAAACCUAAUGGUCACUACAGCAGAUCUUCAGAAGUCCUCUGCUGAGAUGAGAGAAACUGUAGGAGGGACGGCCAUCUCGGCAGCGCUCCAAAAAUCAAUUGCUUAUGGUGGAGUGGUCAGGCAGAAGAUACUCUCGAGUCCCCUCACACUGGACAUCAACACUGUACACAGAAAACUCCGUCUGUCUGAAGGGAACAAGAAGGUGACAAAUGAGGGGACAAAGACUAAAUAUCCUGAUCAUCCUGACAGAUUUGACUGUACUGCCCAAGUUCUGUGCAGAGAGGCUCUGACUGGGACUCGCUGUUACUGGGAGGUGGAGUGCAGUGGAGACUUCAUGGUGAUUGGAGUCGCAUAUAAAGGACUGGGUAGGAAAGGAGUGAGAAGAGAGUGCAUCCAAGGAGAUAACAACAAGUCCUGGUGUUUGCUGUGUUCUCAUUCCCAGUACUUUGUGCGUCACAAUUAUCAGCAGACUGAAAUCAGUGCCCCCUACAGCCCCAGAAUAGGUAUAUAUCUGGACUGGCCUGCUGGCUCUCUGUCAUUUUAUAGCGUCUCACACACAAUGACCCUCCUGCACAGGUUCAACACCUUCUUCACUAAGCCCCUCUAUCCAGGGUUUUGUGUUGGUUAUCACUCCAGUGUAAUAAUCAGCCAUCUGACACCAUGUGAUCACUGACCAGUACCCUCUACCGGUCACUUGAUGUCCUCAAAAGCUCAGGUGUCUUUGUGUUUGCAUUUUGGAGUCAAAAUUAAUUUUCCACUAUACGUUGGGGCAACACCUUUGUGAGUGAAUUUGUGGAUGAGAAUGAGGGGCGAGUGCGGCUGUCAGGGUCUCCAUUAUUUUUGGGU